AUGACAUGGCUCCCUCUGCUGCUGGCUACAGCACAACUAUGCUUGGCCGGCGUACAGACUCACGACGACAGCUUCCAGCCCGACCGAGUCCUGCGCGUCAGCGAACAGGUCAGCAACCAAGCAUGUCGAGGGCGGUCGUCAGUUGUGGUGAAUGGGACUUCGCCUGGGCCCCCGGUACAUAUUAAGCCUGAUGAGACGACGUGGGUACGGGUGUACAAUGAUAUGGAGGACCAGAAUCUUACGGUACAUUGGCAUGGACUGUCGCAGUCUGUCAGCCCGUUUAGUGACGGAACUCCAAUGCUCAGUCAGUGGCCGAUUCCACCACUGCAUUUCUUCGACUACGAACUACAUCCUUCUGCGGACGAAGCUGGGACUUACUUCUACCACUCGCAUGUCGGCUUUCAGACAGUUUCAGCAGUCGGGCCGUUGAUCGUCGAUGACUGUGACAAGCCGCCGUACGAGUAUGACGAGGAACGGACCAUCAUGGUUACGGAAUACUUCAACAAGUCGGAUAGCGCAAUCAUUGAGGGCCUUGAGGCGACGCCUUUUGUUUGGAGCGGCGAGGCCAUGGCAAUUUUAGUCAAUGGCAACAGCGCACCAGCAAAGUCUACCUCAACACCCUCCGACCACCCUUUCGAAGGCCAAUGCGGCCCAGAGAUCAUACAAGUCGAGCCCGGCAAGACGUAUAGAUUCCGCAACAUUGCCGCCAUGUCGCUCUCUGCGCUUAGCUACGCCAUCGAAGAACACGACGAGCUCACAAUUAUCGAAGCUGACGGCAGCUACACCCAACCCGCCUCUGUCUCACAUAUGCAGCUAGGCUCGGGCCAACGUUUCGAUUACCUCCUGAAGACCAAGAGCGCAGCCCAAUUGGCCACUCUCGGCAAGUCCAACUUCUGGAUCCAAUUCGAAGUCGAGUACCGUCCCGUGAAUUACUCCUCGUACGCUUGCUUGUCGUAUGACGGCAAAGGCUGCGGACCAGCCCCACCGCAGUCAUCACCAGUCCUGAACGUCACGCAUUCGCUUGACUGGCUUGAGUACACCCUCGAACCCCUUUCCCCCGCGGACGCCGCUGCCUUCCCCACCCUAGAUGAAGUCACCAGUCGGGUGUACAUCUACACAGAACAGGUCAACAUUUCCGGCGCAUUGGUCUGGCACUUCAACGGACAACUCGUCUCCCCAGAUCGCCCACGCGGCACGCCGUACUUAGUAGACAUCUACAGCCAGGGUCAAGCAGCGGUACCAGAUGCAGCCAUUGCUGCCGGAAACAAUAGCUAUGUGUCCGCCUUUGACGCCUAUGCUGCCUCGGUAGGUGACGUCCUCGAGAUCGUAUGGGUUCAGCGGCCCAAUGAUCCCGCGGGUGGCUUCGACAUUCAUCCUCUGCACGCGCACGGCGGACAUUACUACGAUCUUGGUUCCGGUCCUGGGACUUACAGCCCGGCUGCUAAUGAGGCAAAGCUUCGAGCCGCAAACUACACUCCGGUAUUGCGCGACACGACGUUCUUAUACAAGUACACGACGAACACAAAGCUACCUCCGGAUGAGGACCAAGGCUGGAGGGCUUGGAGGCUCCGAGUGGUGGAUGCGGGAGUGUGGUUGCUACAUUGUCAUACGCUGCAGCACAUGAUCAUGGGGAUGCAGACGGUGUGGAUCAUGGGUGAUGCGGCGGAUAUCAUGCAGGAUUCAGUGGGAGUGGAGGGUUAUCUCGAGUACGGAGGCAAUGCGUAUGGAUCUGAGGGCCAUGCGCCACUGGUGAACCAUCAUUAUGGCGCCGGGGAACAUGGAAAAUAG